AUGGACAUUUCGUAUGAUCAGCUGAGCUUUUCAAGUUCAAAAAACAACACGAACCAAGUCCUCGAUGUAUCUCAUGAAAACGCCGUUAUCCUUGUAACUCUGGCAUCGUUUGUGUUUUUCUUGGCCUGCAUUAUUCUGAUUGUGUACUAUCAAUGGCGUCUCUUCCGUCACAUUGUGGAAACACGCAUCGGAACUGUGGUAUUUUUCCUUGGCGUAUUACUGACGGUUAUUACAACCCUGAGUUCUUACACAGAGCAAACAGUUUACGCCGUAUAUCGCCUGAUACUCCUGUCCUUUUGUGGAAUGUUGGUAUUGGUCGUUGGCUGUGCGGUGUUAUUCGAGAAUGCCUCCCCCGAGAGGCCGUUAGAUGACUAUGGAUACGAACGACUUCCGGUUGGGUAUAUGCAUGGCAGCAUGGGCAUAAUCAUCUGGGUCAUCACUCUUCCCCUGAGUAUCCUGGAGCUCUUGUUUGCCAUUGGAGCAGCAAAGCAAGCACCAAACGAUACUUACGCAGCUGUCAUGUACACAGCACUAGUGCAGAAAAUUGUCCAAGCGAGUGUGUACCAUUUUAGUUUGCGACAUAAAGUUGCCAGAGCCGACUUGCGCAUGGCAUGCUCAUGGCUCCUCAAGAUCAUCUCUUUCUUUAACUUUGCCUUCUGGAUUGAUUCAAUCACAACAUCUCGCACCGACAAUGAAUGGGUGGUGGGUCUAUUCGGUAAGGGAUUCUCUAUUGUAAAAGCUGCGUACAAUGCUUUGCUAAUUGAUUACAGACUUCUGUGCUGCUUACUUUUUCUAGAACAUUCUCUAGAAUUAACAGAAGUGCGCACUAAUCGGCGAAUUGAUGAAAUAUUUGAUCCAGAUGCUAAUGAAGCCCUGAUGCAGGAUUCUUUUGCUUCAGUGAAUGUGGAGAUUUCUCAUUCUUCUGGUUAUGGCUACGUCGUUGGUCUCAUCUUAAUAGCUACCCAACUUGUUGCUGGUCUUCAAUACGUAGACUUUGUAGGUAAAUGGGCAAACAUAUUCCCAAUUCUAGCCAACAGUGUUGUGAUAUUAUUUGGCUUCUUACUUCUCUACGGCACUGCCAGCAUUGUAACAGGUAAUGGUGUCUUUAAUAAUCGCAACAGCAAGUGGCGUGAAACUGAAUCCAAAGCUAUUGAUGUGAUGGUAUGUUUCAUGGGCACCAUUGGUUUUGUUUACUGGUUCAUAAAAGCAUCAUAUUGUGGACUGUGGGCUUCCAAGUACUCAUCAACUGACACUGACUUUCACCAAUAUCUGACAUGGACAACUCUAAAGAACUUUGUUUAUGCCAUUACAAUCCUGUUCCAACUAAACUUCUUUGUCAAAAUGGGCCCAAACUUUGGGUGUGAUGAAGAAAGCAGUCGUCAAAAAACAAAGCAUUUUUACGUGACCACAAUAAUGAUGGCUUUGUUUUCGCUUCUAAUUUCAUUUGUUGUGGAUGAAUACAGUGGUCGCGUUGAAAAGCUUUUGGACCAAGCUCACAUCAGCAAGACCAUGUCUGCAUUUCUCCAAGCUGCAGCGCCAAUCCAUCUGGGCUUUAGCUUGCAUAUGUUUCUGCACUUUUUCAUCAUGAAUAGACGGCUGUCACAGUUUCAGUACAGAAGGAAAAACAAGCAAUUGCAAAAUUCUCACGAGCCUCGACAACCCUCAACCGGGAACACUGAACACAAUGAAGAAACAAGGGGAGAAAGGCAACCAUUAAUUUCCCAACAUUUGCCAACAAUAACACAGGCUUAA